AUGUCUUCCCAACAAGACUUGGAAUUUACCUUAAAGGAUUUCACACAAAUUUUCGAGCAUGCCAGAUCCCACCUGCUCGCCAUUCGCAUUGAGCUAGAAAAAACAAAGCUCACAAUAUUGCCAGAUGAUAGCCGGGUGAUCGGUGAAUAUCUGAAUUGGGACAUAGAAGCUUACACACUCCCUUGGAUGGCGUUUUGUGCUAGGUUGUCUAUCAACCCACCACUAUCCAAGCACCUCCGUCACAUGGUCGGCAUGCUUUCAAUGAAACAGCUCGACAUGCUGAAAGACUACACAGAGGUGUAUGAGGCAUUCCUCAGUUUGCCGGUUUCGCCAUCCGGGCCAUGGACUAAGGGCCGCCUUGUCCGGGAGUAUCGCCAUGCUUGGUGGACGGGUCUUGCGACCAUCAAGCUGGAUGAAAAGUUGUCCAGAUACCCGAAUGGCGUUGAGGUGAAGGAAUGUGUCACAGCGCAUUUUGCGCAAUUGUUUGAGGGAGACGCCUUAGUCACACUGGUGACACCGGUUCAAGCAAUGUCGAUGCUGAUUGCUCAGCAGCUAGCCACCAUCUGCGCCGAGGCUAGGGAAGAAGGAGAAUAUCUUUUAAAGAUGUUGGAAGACAAGGUUCUAGAGGCGAAGAUGGUGGCAGCCACUAUGCUGAGAAUGGACACGACAUUAGGGGAUGAUGUACUGCAAGCCAUCACGGCAUCCGACAAACUAGUAAAGUAUUUGAAAAAGAGGCCACAGCAUAAAGGCUGGUCUGAGUAG